AUGGAGUCCCACCACGAACCACUCGAUAAGAAAAAAAAGAUAAAGCCGUUUCAUCGCGUUCACGCACACCGCAAUCCCUUGGCCGACAGUGAGUCGCACAACCCAAUAACUCCAAAAGAUGUCAAAUGGAGUUCAUAUUUUACAAACGGUGCACCAGCAGAGAUGCUUGAUGUUGGAUGUGGAUGGGGUGGAUUAGUAUGUGAGAUUGGUCGGAUUCAGUCGAAGAACAUAAUUGGGAUGGAGAUACGUGACCCAGCCGUUCAAUAUGGUGUUGAGAAAAUUGAGUCCGGUCGAGCCAAAGGUGAGCUUCAGAAUUGUUGGAUCAUUCAAUGCAAUUGUAUGAAGUACGUCGACAACUUCUUUACAAAAGGACAACUCUUAAAAAUCUUCAUAACAUUCCCAGACCCACAUUUCAAAAACGCCGUUAAACGCCGACGAAUCAUUAACCCUGAAUUUGCAGCAAUGUAUGUAUACCUUCUUAGACCAGGUGAAGGUAUGAUAUAUACAGCCUCUGAUGUCAGAGAACUCUUCGAAUGGAAUGUCGCUAGUUUAGACGCACAACCACUCCUUGAAAAGAUGCCAGAAGACUACAUGGACGAUUACUUGAAGAUCGUAUUGUUCAAGACGGAAGAAGCUAAAAAGGUUGACCGAGAAAAGAGAGAGAAAUGGGGCGUCUGUUAUAAGCGGAGGGUUGAGGAGCAAUUUUGA